AUGAGCGAUGAGGAACCUGACAGGCUGGCUGGGCGAGCUUCACGAGGCCAGGUGAAGGGGAAAAGGGCCAAGACGUUCACUGGAUGCUGGACAUGUCGAUCAAGAAAGGUCAAGUGCGAUCUUCGACGACCUGCCUGCGAGAGAUGCGAGAAAUCAGGUCUGGAGUGCGGCGGAUACGACAUAAAGCUGCGAUGGACGAAAUGCAUAAACUUUGACAUGUACGGCAUUCAGGUGCCAACUGCGCCGGCGUACAGUACUAAUGAGGAGCAACAAUAUCGACGGCGAAACAUCGACUUCGUGAGAUAUGGAGAAGAAUAUAAAUACUAUGAAGACAUGGACGAAGAGCUCUCAGCUUUGCAUAAGCCACCACCUGAGAAAAUAGAAAAUGGGAAGACUUGGCUUAUCAAGAAGUUUGGAGUCUUCAGAGGUACAGAACCAGCUGUUGAGCUGCGAGACAGCUUGCCGAAGGGAGCAGCAAAUCAUCUGGAGAGCUCAAAGUCCGAGAGCACCACAGUAUUGGACACGGCUAUCGAACAGACGGGGGCUUUCGAUUUUCUGGAGAAUGAUCCAUUUCUUUUGAGAUUCUCAACUGGUCACGAAUGGAUAUCGAAAGAACUGGAAGAUGACGUUCUUUCGUCCGCGACAGCCUUUCGAGGAUUUCCCAUGACCACUUUGCCGCUAUCCUCUACAUCUACCACCACAACGACACCUAUGGAUUAUGGUUUUUGUAAAAAUGGCGGCAUCGAAGGUCAAUUUAAUGCUGCAAAUGUCAGUGAUUCCGACAGAGUCGAAAAUUCAGCACAAACCGUUCGUUCCUUAGAUAUCGAUAAAGAUACAGAAGCUUCUGCUCUCUCUUAUGACCAGCACACAGAGAGUCAGACUCAUGGGCUGAGCGGGGAAGAAGAAAUCAUGAUUGAUUGCUCGGCUUUCGGAGCAACGAUGCCCUCAGUUGCCAUGGAGACGAUUGAUAACCCUUGGCCAGGUCCAAAUAUCUUUGGCAAGGCGGCGUCUAAUAAGCAUUUUGUUGGCCCUCCGGCCACAAGUUUGGUGGUUCAUGGUCUGACGAGAUUUUUACUCGAUUACUACUUCCGGAACGUUGCAGAUAUAAUGCCUGUGGUUGCAAUACCAACUAACCCAUGGAAAACUUUGUUUUUUCCAAGAGCCUUGCAAGCACUUGGUGAAAUCGCUGGUCUGGGGACUACUUCGAAUUCGAGAAACUCCUUGCUCAAUUCCCUUUUAGCUGUUUCGUGCUUCAACUUGAGCAGCAAGUUUGCCAGGGAUUCAGAAUGCUCUCAGUAUUUUAUCAAGCUUGGAAUAGAGUUUAGAAGCCAAGCAUCAUGCUUCCUCAGACUAUGUCUGGCAGAAACAGCUGAAAACGAACGCUAUAAGGACGUUUUGACAGCUUUACUUUCAAUUAAUUCUGUAGAUGUUGUCUGGGGUACAAUGAGAGACUGUCAGCAUCAUCUAACCAUGUGUGAAGACUUCGUUAAGGCGAGAAUGAGAAUGAGGCCUAAGCUCUCGCACAAAGCAAAAGUUUUACACAAAAUCUUCUCAUUUUUGAAACUUAUUCAGGAUAGUACAAGUCUGGAUAAGGUAGGAGAAGAAGAGAUCACUCUAAAAUCUGUCCAGAAUAUUGAGAAUUUCGAUGAAAGGGCGGCCAAUAAUAAGCCCGGAUCAUUAAGCAAGUAUUCGGAGCAGGAUGAGGAAACUGAACCUAUCAAAAGAAUUCGAUACAAGGAAUUGCUGGAUGAAAUGGACGGGAAGAUAAAGAUUCAAUCUGUUGAAGAAUGCGAGAAAACAAAGAUUGAUAGGCUACAAGAUGACAACACGCCGCUAUUCAUGGACGUAGUUUCGGAAUCGUACUAUUCGGUAGAUCCAAAACAAUCAGAUUACAGUAUAUUGGGUACUGACGACUUGUAUGCUCUGCCUAAAUCACUGAUACUGCUAUUCUCAGAUUGCGUACAUUUGGCAAAGCAUAAAGAAUAUUACAAAAUCAGGCACAUUGCUCUCCCACAGCAAUUUAUUCGUUUACUUCAAAAGCUCGAAAGCCGAUUGAUGACCUGGCGACCAGAAUGGAAAUUCUUAAAAGCAGACUCUGAAGAGUUCAUUAACGACACCGUUAAGGGCGUUUAUCAUCACACAAUGAGCUUUUAUAAUGGCCUAUUGAUUUAUUUCUUCACGAUGAUUAGAGAGCUAAAUGAGUCCGACUUACAGACAUACGUGGAAGAGGUUCUGCUUCAUCUCAAAGCUUUAGGAGAAUUAGUAACAUUUAAAGGUAUUAGAAUAGUGCCCUUGAUGUGGCAGGGGUUCAUAGCCGGCUGCGGAAGCACCGACUUGAGGACUCAGAAGGAGUUCAAAAGCUGGGCUGCAGGUCUUGCUCAAAAUGGGAUUGGGUCAUACUGGGGCGCUCGACAGGUGAUGUUUGAAGUCUGGAGACGUCGAAAGAACAAAGAGGGUGGGGACGAUUGGUACACUGUAUAUAAAGAUUGGGAAGUGAAUCUCAUGCUAUCCUAA